GAGGGCGGUAAACAUUGAGCCGAACCACAGCAGCGUGGGUGAAUCAUUGUGACUGUCCCAAACACCGCACACCUGGCAGAAAACAUCCGACUAAAACUGCUUUAGUAACGUUGUUCUGUGCACGUGUGUUGAUGCUAACUUUAAUGGUGAAUUUGUUUGACUGAAAGUCUGGAUGUGAAAAUGAAUCCUUUGGAUCCCCAAAAGAUCAUUCUGAACAGCACAUGCACAGUCUCUCUGCAUGACCGCUUCACCAGUUUGCUGGAGCAUCAGCCAGCAGGUGUGAUGGACAUCACAGCCGCAGUGAACCAGCAGACUGCAGCCUCGCUGAAGAACCAGCGCCUGGCUCUGGAGAUGGCCAACAAACCUUCUGUGCUGGCCGCCCUAAAUAACACAUCUAAUAUAAAUAAUCAACUGUGCAAAGUGAGCAUGAAGGCGAGACUUGGCCAUCUGAGAGGGGGCAUGAUGGGAUUGCGGGGGCAAAUGAGAGGAGGAGGUGGCGGAGGCGGCAGAACAGGAUUGGUCAAAGGAUUUUACACAAGGAGAAGCAUAAGUAGUCUGCGAGGGGUAGUCUCCUCACUAGGUGUUCAGAAAGGGUGGGGCCAGCAACAGCGUGGAGGAAAUGUGAUUUGGCCUGCACCAAUGGGAAGCAGAGGGGGAGGAGCCAUUAAAAAGACAGAAGGAAAUGCAGAGCGACAGGUGCCGCAUCCAGAAACAGCACAAGGUGGUGGAUGUUUGAUGUCUGUCAGUAGGGCGUAUUCAGGGUGCAGCCGGGCCAGAUUCGACAGCCACCACAUUCCUUCUCGAGAGCAGUUGGAUGAACAACUGGAUGACUACAUGUCCAUGUCCAAGAGCCAUCUGGACGCAGAGCUGGAUGCAUAUAUGGCUCAGGUUGAUUUGGAUGACAUAAUGUGAUGAUCCCAAAGUUGAGCUAAACUGCAUAUUCCUUAGUUUAACCCUAACUAAUGGAGCAUGUAGUCUAACUUGCAGGUAGACUGCUCUGUUACAGGGCUAUUUGUCCUUAUUGAUUGACUCCAGAAAACCUGAACUAAUUGUAUAUAGUUGCUUCGUCCCUCAGAUCUCUGCUGCUUAGGAACCUUUGACUUCCAGUUUGUUACUCUAAAUAAACAAUUAUUUUGCCCACAGUCUUAACUGAACAAGAAAGACCUGAAAGCUUUCCAAAGGCUUGUGCUGCUUUCUAGGAAAACUCCUUUCAGUAAUCCAGCAUGAUGUUGUUUCUGAGAAAAACCGUUUCACUUUAAUUGAUAAGCAGUUCCAUUGACUGCUUGCAUUGAAUGGACAUGAAUCAUCCCUCAGUUAAAAGUUUACUAGUUAAUUUUUUCAUAAGCUGUUUGCAGUUACAAAACAAAUGCGUUUAAUAGCCGACAUGGCAUCCGUUUCCUCAAGUUUUGAUUGUAUAUUGUAUCAAGAAUCAUAAAAUUUCAGGGAAGCUGACAAUCAGAUUUAUUUAUGUUAUAACUGGUCUGUAGGAGCUACUUCAUGUGUCAGCCAUCCUUUCUUUUUCACAACAGGUAUUUGUAUCAUUCUGAUUUGAUUAGAAUAUGCAAGAUUGACUGUACAUAUUUAUAUAUUGCUGGAUUAUGUGUUACAGGUGGUAAUUAAAAAAAAAAAAAUUUGAAAAGUUAAUGUGGAACUGUUUAAACACUCA